CUCUUUUUCCAAAGCAAGGAUGACUCUAGUAAGGAUCCGGAGGAGCUUCCGGCAGGUAUCGCCUCAAGUGGUGCUCUUCUUGCUCUUUGCCUUCUGCCUGCUCAGUGUUUUUGUCUCCGCGUAUUAUUUAUAUGGGUGGAAGAGGGGACUGGAACCCUCUGGGGAUAUCCCGAGCCCAGACUGUGAUGAACCGAAGAUUGCUCCUUCACGCCUGCUACCAAUAAAACCCAUCAAAGUGGUAGAUUCUUCUCGGACUGACCCCUUGGUCCUUGUGUUCGUGGAAAGCCUUUACUCUCAACUGGGACAGGAGAUUGUGGCCAUCUUGGAAUCUAGUCGUUUCAAAUAUCUGACAGAGAUCGCUCCGGGGAAGGGAGACAUGCCUACGUUGACUGACAAGGACCGAGGGCGCUUUGCACUUAUCAUCUAUGAGAACAUCCUGAAGUAUGUGAACCUGGAUGCCUGGAAUCGUGAGCUCUUGGACAAGUACUGUGUAGAGUACGGUGUAGGCAUCAUUGGCUUUUUCAAGGCAAACGAGAACAGCUUACUGAGUGCUCAGCUGAAAGGUUUCCCCCUUUUUCUCCACUCCAACCUUGCACUGAAGGACUGCAGCAUCAAUCCCAAAUCACCACUGCUGUACAUCACGCGGCCCAGCGAGGUAGAGAAGGGACUUCUUCCAGGGGAGGACUGGACAGUCUUCCAGUCAAACCAUUCCACAUAUGAACCAGUCCUCCUCGCUAAAACCAAGUCAGCUGAAUCCAUCCCACACAUGAGUAUUGACGCUGCACUCCAUACCACCGUCGUACAAGACUUGGGACUCCAUGAUGGCAUCCAGAGAGUCCUUUUUGGCAACAAUCUCAACUUUUGGCUACACAAACUGGUCUUUGUGGACGCUGUUUCAUUCCUGACCAGCAAGAGGCUUUCACUUCCCCUUGACCGUUACAUCUUGGUAGACAUUGAUGAUAUCUUUGUUGGCAAGGAAGGCACACGAAUGAAGGUGGAUGAUGUGAAGGCUUUGUUUGACACUCAGAAUGAACUACGUACCCACAUCCCAAAUUUCACCUUCAAUCUGGGCUACUCAGGGAAAUUUUUCCACACAGGUACAGAUGCAGAGGACGAGGGAGAUGACCUUCUGCUUUCUUACGUGAAGGAGUUUUGGUGGUUCCCCCAUAUGUGGAGUCACAUGCAGCCUCACCUUUUUCACAAUCAAUCUGUGUUGGCAGACCAAAUGGCCAUGAACAAGAAAUUUGCCGUGGAACAUGGCAUCCCCACAGAUAUGGGAUACGCAGUGGCCCCCCAUCAUUCAGGGGUGUACCCAGUCCAUGUGCAACUCUAUGAGGCCUGGAAACAGGUGUGGGGGAUCAAAGUAACAAGCACCGAAGAAUAUCCUCAUCUCAAACCAGCCCGCUACCGAAGAGGAUUUAUUCACAGUGGAAUCAUGGUUCUCCCACGGCAAACUUGUGGAUUAUUUACACAUACCAUAUUCUAUAAUGAAUACCCAGGUGGCUCGAGUGAAUUGGAUAAAAUCAUCAAUGGAGGCGAGCUUUUUCUGACUGUUCUCCUUAAUCCCAUCAGUAUCUUUAUGACCCACCUCUCCAAUUAUGGAAAUGACCGCCUGGGUUUGUAUACCUUUAGGCAUUUGGUCCGAUUUCUGAACUCCUGGACUAACUUGAAGUUACAGACGUUGCCACCUGUGCAGCUGGCACAGAAGUAUUUCCAGAUAUUCUCUGAAGAAAAAGACCCCCUUUGGCAGGAUCCUUGUGAGGACAAGCGCCACAAGGAUAUUUGGUCCAAAGAGAAGACCUGCGACCGGUUCCCCAAGCUGCUAAUUAUUGGUCCUCAGAAGACAGGUACCACUGCCCUCUAUCUCUUCCUGGGGAUGCACGCUGACUUGAGCAGUAACUAUCCCAGCUCGGAGACCUUUGAAGAGAUCCAGUUCUUCAAUGGACAUAAUUAUCACAAGGGCAUUGACUGGUAUAUGGAGUUUUUCCCCAUUCCUUCCAACACUACAUCUGAUUUCUAUUUUGAGAAGAGUGCCAAUUACUUUGAUUCAGAAGUCACACCAAGGCGGGCUGCUGCACUGCUUUCCAAGGCAAAAAUAAUCACCAUCCUCAUCAAUCCUGCAGAUCGGGCCUACUCUUGGUAUCAGCAUCAACGGGCACAUGAUGAUACAGUUGCUCUGAAGUACACCUUUCAUGAGGUAAUUACAGCUGGACCUGAGGCCUCUCAGAAGCUUCGGACCUUACAGAACCGUUGCCUAGUACCAGGCUGGUAUGCUACCCAUAUUGAACGCUGGUUGAAUAAUUUCCAUGCCAAUCAGAUUCUUGUUCUGGAUGGCAAGCGACUACGCACAGAACCAGCCAAAGUAAUGGAAACAGUUCAGAAAUUUCUUGGAGUGACAAACACCAUAGAUUAUCAUAAAACUUUAGCGUUUGAUCUCAAAAAAGGAUUUUGGUGCCAACUAUUAGAGGGAGGGAAGACCAAGUGCUUGGGUAAAAGCAAAGGAAGAAAAUACCCAGAGAUGGAUUUAGAUUCCAGAGCAUUCUUGAGAGAUUAUUAUAGGGACCACAACAUAGAGUUAUCCAAGCUACUGUAUAAAAUUGGCCAGACACUGCCAACUUGGCUGCGGGAAGAACUCCAGAACACUAGAUAGCCACUUCUUAUCUCUUGUAUUAAGCAAUAGUAGAAUGGAUCCAUGGGGAGGAUCUCAAACCUCUACUCCAAGCCAACAGGACGUGAUAAGAUGUGAGAUAUUCUACAGAGAAGAAGCAUUUUGAGCAAUAUCCGUUCAAGAUGUUUGAGGAAAAGUGGGAAACUGUCCAUAUGAUCGAACCUGGAAGCUUGGAAGAAAGCAGCCAUCUGAAGAACUACUGGAAUUGAUGUACAAGCAGUGGCUCAGGGCCAAGCCAGGACUAUUACAUCUGUUUCUGCCAGAUUGCUCGAGACCCCAGCUUUACUGAAAGUAUUGAGGUGUGCCUCCUUGGCUAUAAUGCCAGUUUUUGGUGAAGAAGAUUAAUAAAGAUCUGAGUUUUCCUCACACGUUAUUUCCAAUAUCUGGAAUAGUAUUAAAACAAAAUGACUCCUUCUCUUUGGAUAGAUGAAACACGUGUGGAUCAAGAAUUCACCAGGGAUCAAGAAUAGUCCUGCACGUGUAUGGGUUUGCAAAAGAACUUGAUUGAUAAUAUGACCAUGGAGCCAGAGGGAGGCCAUGCUCCAAGCAUGGACCUAAUUAUGCAAUUUGGGCUCAGACUGAGAUAGGACUGAGAUAGUGUUCUGGAACAGAGAUCUUGGUUAAAGCAGAUGCUCGGUUUUUAUAUGGAAGACUUUGGAGGACUUUGGUAUUGGCAAUAUUUAGAUUAUCCCAGAUCGAUUUUUUUCUGUCUUCUUAUUUACAAAUAUAUUGGGAAAGGGGUGGAAUGAUCAAGAGUGAGCAACAUAGUCAUCUGACAAUGUUGGCAAGAUAAUUUGCUCCAAAGAGAUAUUUUAAUUUGUGUCCUUCUUAUAGCCCUGUCUCUGGUUUCAACCUACAAUUAUGUGAGAUGUGAUUUAAGAUUCAGUAAUUGAAUCCAAUAUUUUUUUUUAUUUCUGGUGCACAUGUCCUGCCUGUUUGAAAAAGGAUGACAUUCUAGCAUUAUGUGUAAACUUUGCUCUAAUGGUCAUCCUAAAUAUGACUUAAGAGAAUUGAUCUUCAUGAGUAUUGAAUGAGCAGUAUUUUAGUAGUUUUCUUUUUGAACAUUUUGGAGUGGGAUAGGGGAUACAUAUUAGAGUUGGUAUUCCCAAGUAUUAGGUUCUUAUUUUCCCACCCUUUUGCUAUUAUAGAGGAUAGAGAAAAAUGCCCCAUGGGUUUGGUUGAUUUGUCAUCACAAUGUCUGUUUCUGUUAGAAUCAUUUUAGGAUAAUCCUGUGGCUGUCCAUUUUUUCAAUUAUUUCCUCCUGUCCAAUGUGUCUUAUUGAGCUGUGACUGAGACUUUCCAAUAACCCAUUUAUUCUAGUUUACUAAAUUCCUUUGUGUGUAUAUGUGUAUGUAUGGAAUUUAUAAAUAUGCUGCUAAUAGUAUUGUGUAUUCAUGCAUGCACACACACAUAUACACACUUGGCCAUUGCUGUCUGUGUUUCGAGCUACAUUAACAAGGUAAAUAGAACCCAUUCCCCCCCAUUUGGCUUAUUCUGUCCUGUCCUGCUACAUAUUGGAUGUGUCAUAGGAAAGACAUGUUAAACUUGCAGUCCAGAGGGGGCUGGGAAAACAAAGGUCAUGACAAGAGUCAAAGACUUUUGAAAAGCCGUUUUAAUUCCUCAGUGGAGGAAUUAAAGGCACUGGAGUAUCGACUGGUCUGACUACUGCUCGAUUCAAAGUUGGAGAGUUGUUAUGAUAUUUUAAAAAAUUGUUAGUAUUGCUAAUGGAAACAUUUACUAUAAAUUCAACAGUAGGUUAUCAAAAAGAUUUUCAAGCUUUUUCCAUCUGGAGGUAGGUUUCUGCCCCCUUCUCCCAAAUACCUUCCUGUUUUGCUUAAAUGUUUCUAAUUAUUGGAGGUGAUUUGCUCGACCAGUCAUCUUGUUUUGGUUUUCAUUAAAGCUGUAAUCAUACUAGCACCAGUUCCAUGAAUGAACAUUUGGACAAAAGGCAAGAAGCAAAAAAAGGUUUCUUCUUAACUUAGAUCUUAGACUGCCUAUAAUUGCUGGCAAAACAGUCUAGCUAUAGCUUCAACACAUUUGUUUCCAUUGAUCCUGUGUGUGAGCACCAUCUAGUGGAUCAUCAAAUCAUCAUAGACUCUAGAGUAAAAUUUGAGUAAAAUGGAGUAAAAGCUGCAGAGAGCUUUAGGCCAUUGAGUGUAUAACUAUUUAGUGCAGCAAUCUAAACUGAAACCUGUCCAGUAGCUGACUGCCUUGCCUCACCUCUACUUGAAGAUAACCAGUAAAAUAAUUUUUUCCACUGAAAUUCAAAUUCCUCUGAAUAUUAGGAGGAAGUUGUUUUCCCCUCUAAUAAUCAGACCUUGCCUUUCGGUACCUUAAUCCAUUCUUUUGCAUCCUGCAGUCUUGCAUUGGAGAUAACACGUCUCUGCGUGACAUGUUUUCAGAUUUAAAGACUAAAUCUUAAAAUCUUAAUCUAAAUCCCCCUAGAUCUUAAUACUAUGAAUUCUUUCAAUCCCUCUUUAUAGUUCUUACCAUUGUUCUUCUCUGAGUUGAUUACUCCUUUUCAUCUUCAUUAUGUUUGUUGUCCCCGUUUGUUUAGGCAGCUAUGCCAGUAAUGAAUGUACGUUCGAGACAGAAGCCUGCGUAAGACCAAAUGUGGGAAGAUGACAUUAUCUUGUGAACGCUCUUAAUGCAGUAUUUUACGUGCAGCCUUCUGUAUGAAAAGAUUUGCUGUACUUAAAAGCAAAGAGUGCUGAAAAGUUAAAAGAGUCCCAAGCUUCCCAGUACCCCUAAUUAGAUGGACAUUUAUCGUUUAAGGUAGAAUAAAUAUGGCUGGGGGUGGGCAGGAGGCAGAGUUGCAUCUAUUGGCAAAUCUAGCUUGCCCUCCUGCUGCAAAUCAUCCAGCGGUCUUGGCUGGCUGGGGGAAUUCUGGGAGUUGGAAGUCCACGCAUUUUAAACACCGCCACGUUUGAAAAACACGGAUGUCAAAGGAGGCUAUUGGCAGAAAAGAUGCAGUAACAAGACUUGGAAUGACAAGACUUUGGCAUCUGAUAUCUGCAGCCUUAUGAAAUAAGACACAGUGUCCUUUCCAAACCAUUGUAAAACAGGCGCAACA